UGUAACUAUAAGUUUAGGCCCAAAAUUGUAUCUAUUCAUUUGCAUUCUCACUGAGAUAAAAUAGCUAUUAAAAUCACAUGCAACCUGUUGCACCCUGAACUUCACACUUAUAUAAAACCUUAAUGACUUAAUUUAUUUCUAGGUAUUGAGAGAAAGAAAAUAAGUUCUAUUAGUCUCGGUUCCCUUAUUCUCUGCAUCAUGCCUGCUCAAAGUAUAAUGUUGAUUAUUGAAUCAUUUAUGGUACAACAUUAACCAUCAUAAUAUGUCAUGGAAAAUAGUACAGUAGAGUAAAUUUGAUAAGCAAUUAUAGAUUGUAUGUUCUGAAUGUAAAUUACAUGUUAGACGUGGAAUUAUUUGAGCGUAGCCACAGACAGCAUUUGUUUCCAAAAGUGAUGCUCAGAAGUAGUAUGGAGUUUUUCUUACAAGUCCCUUAGAUUUUGCCUUAGAGCAUUUAUGUGGGCGUGUGUGAAAUAUUUCCAUUUGCUUUCCUGCCCAAACCCUUUGGCAUAUCAGUUGCUCCUUCUGAAACUGUCUUAAUUCAAGCCAGAUUUUUUUCUUUAUCCUUAUAUCUCCACACAGCAGGAUUCUGUCAGCCUGCACCCCACCCUCUACCCAGCACUUCCCUGCCCACCCUUGCUUUAGUUUCAUCCUUGGGGAGGAUUUUAUUAAAAGUGCAGGGGAUUCUUCCUGGAAAACUACUUUCUUGCUAGUGCUUCAACAACCCAGCAUACAGAUCCACUGGUUGCAGCACUCUUGUCAGAUUAUUUUAUGAGAUAAAUAAUUUGCUAGAUCCAGACUUUCUUUUUCUCUCACCUCUCUCUCUGAUUAUAGAACUUAUUUAUAGCUCCUGUGGGUUAAGAUGGAAAAACAGCGAUUGCUGCCAAUCACACACAUGUUCUUACAUUACAUUUUAGUCCUUUUUGCUUUUUGAUCUCUCAGUUAUUAUUUUUUUUGUAAUUCCUCACUGUUUCAUUGCCUGAAAGUCAAAGUCCAUGCAGCUAAGUUGUGAAACAUCAGCCUUUCCUGGAAGGAUGAAGGGUUGAGGUUCACUAGGUAGGAUUUGGUCCUUCUAGCUGCAAAGAGUCUAAUGUAUAAUGGAGUGUUUUCUGGGUGAAAAAUAUCCCUUUUUCUGGGUGAAAAAUAGUACUUUCGUAAAAGAUUGUCACAUUAUAAGUAUAUUCUCAGUCUGGACAGCCAGUUUACAGCUUUAUUUUGCAGAUUACUUGAGUGUUGCUGUUUUAACUUUAAAGGGUAGAUUAGGCCUUGUUUAAUAGCUUCUAGAUGUAGAAAUAUGAUAAGAUACAUCUUUGAUUUCUGUAAGGCUUGUUCAGUAUUCUUGUAUAAUAAAUUAUUAUUCUAUGUCACCAAGAAACAUCAGCUGAGGUUAAAAUUUGGCUGAAAAGUGGUGAAGUAAAGAGGUAGUUUCUAUCCUGAAUAGAUUGUAUUCUAAACAAAGAGAGGUCUUAAAGUUACCUCCAUUUGUUCCAGUGGCACUAAGUGAUUGCAGUCUGCUGAGGAAAUCUACAUCUUGUUUAUGUGGAAAGAGGAGUGAUGCAUUUAUAUUUAUGUACGUUGACAGCUGUCUGAAUUGAAUAUUCAACUGUAGGUUUUGUACCUUGCUGCUGCUCUGCAUUUUUUUUAUGAGUAUGUGUUUGCAUAUGCACAAAAUGCACUCCUGUUUUGUAAAUUGGCCCUUUGUGCUUGGAAGAAGCCUUUGUCUGUAAAGAAUUACUUUUUGUUCUUCAGUUACUUUUUAGUGACAAUGAGAAGUUACUAAAACAACCUUGCUACUGUCUUGUUACUGCCAAAACUGUUUGGAAAUUGGUUACUUUUUUGGUUGGAGCUCCCCUAACUAGGUACCUACUGCUGUUAUGAGAUCUUCUGUGCCCUUACAUAAAAUAGCCAUGGUGCCUUGUGCCUACUUUGGGUUCCUGCUGCAGCUGUCAGGAUUUAUUACUGCUGCUGGUGUGGGGAUGUUGGCAAUAUGUAAUGCACACUUCAGAACUUUUCUAUCUGGAACUGCCUGGCAGCUAACUGCGAAGCAAACAAUUUGACAAACAAGGAUUUUUGUUGAGUGUGAUCACCAGGAAGAUAGAAGCAGAGAUUUAGGCUAAAUCAAACUACAUGAGCUGGUACAAUUUUUCUUUUCCUUCAGAAAUUAGCUGCUACCUUCCCAUUCAAAUACUCCAGGUAGGCAGGCUUGUGCUUAUCUGUCGGUGGUCUUCUGGCUUAGUAUGGAUUUGACAUCGUCACAACAUAAUCAUCUGAAUAAUGAACAGAGAAGAAAAUUAGAAAGACAAGCAGGGGAAAAAGAAGAAGAACAAAUAGUUACUGAAAUCAUGAGAAGACGUUUUUUUCCUGAUGUUAUAACUUAUAAGGCUUGGGAAGGCUUUCACUUUGCUGGCCAUGAGAUAAGGAUUACAGAAGCCACUGAUUGUUAUGGGGCAGUUGUCUGGCCAUCGGCUCUCGUUUUGUGUUAUUUUUUGGAAACCAAUUCUAAACAGUACAAUUUGGUCGACAAAAAUGUGAUUGAAAUUGGAGCUGGAACUGGAUUGGUCUCUAUAGUAGCCAGUUUACUGGGUGCACUUGUGACUGCCACUGAUUUGCCAGAACUGCUGGGAAACCUUCAGCACAAUGUUCUCCAAAAUACAAAACUGAAAUGCAAGCACCAGCCCUGUGUCAAGGAGUUGUCCUGGGGAAUUGAUCUGGAAAAAAACUUUCCCAGAGCUUCAUGUCACUUUGACUACAUUAUGGCUGCUGAUGUAGUUUACCAUCAUCCCUUCCUGGAUGAGCUCCUACUAACUUUUGACCACUUGUGCAAGAAUGAUACUGUCAUUAUGUGGGCUAUGAAGUUUAGGCUGGACAAUGAGAACCAAUUUGUGGACAGAUUUCAGACACUCUUUGAUUUAGAGGUGAUUUCUAAUUUCCCUAGUUUGAACAUAACCCUGUAUAAGGCAAUGAGGAAAGGCAGGAUGAAAGUCAGACCUUCCAAAUUGUCUGUCUGAAAAAGAGAUAUAUGGGGGUGAUCAUCUCAGAUGCUUUGUAGCUAGUUCUCUUUGUAAUAAUUUCUACAUAAGUAGUUGCCUGCAUCUUUACGAGUGACAUUUUUGAAGCAAGUUAGAACAAAACAUUGGUUUUCCAGUGCAUCCCUACGGAAUUCCUGAGUUCAAUUUGCUGAAAGUUUUAUACAUGGAAGAAAUGUAUUUCUGAUGUUUUCUUGGCUUUUAUGUGCUAAAUUGACGAAACUAAUAACUUUCAUAAUUCUCAAUAUUAUUUUUAUGGGAUGUGCAAUGAAUAUUUCCUUUCAAAUGCAGUUUUAAACAGUGUCUUAUGAGAUUAACCAAUCUUUCAAAGAUUUACUACAGUCUUACAUUUUGUAUUUAACAGGUGUGAUGUUAAAUCUAUUUUUCUUCAUUCCCACCAUAGCGUUCAAAUCCUUCCUUCAAAUGGCCCUUUACAUGACAUUAACUGAAAGGAAAAAUGGGAGAUAUAGUAUCACAAUAAAGGGAGAGAGACUAUUAGUUA